AAAAAAUAAACUUGUUCAUCUAUUCAAUCACCAAAAUGAGGAAGCAUUCAGACCCUUCACCUAUGAAGACUACUUCCAACAAUGUUGUUAAUGGAAGUGGUGGUGGUGCCUCAGCUGGUGGCAAUAAGCUGAGGAAGGGCUUGUGGUCUCCCGAGGAAGACGACAAGCUGAUGAGCUACAUGCUCAACAAUGGCCAGGGUUGUUGGAGUGAUGUUGCUAGAAAUUCUGGCUUGCAGAGGUGUGGAAAAAGUUGCAGGCUUCGUUGGAUCAAUUACUUGAGACCUGACCUCAAACGAGGUGCGUUUUCUCCUCAAGAAGAAGAGCUCAUUAUUCAUCUGCAUUCUCUUCUUGGCAACAGGUGGUCUCAAAUUGCGGCAAGAUUGCCUGGCCGUACGGACAAUGAAAUAAAGAAUUUUUGGAAUUCAACAAUCAAGAAAAGGCUUAAGAGUUUAUCUUCAUCUUCAACAACAAUGCUCUCUCCAAAUAGUGCUGGUGAUAAUGCUUCGCCAAAUAUGGCUAAUUGCUUCAUGUCCAUACAUGAACAUCAACAUCAACAAGGCAUGAACAAGGAUAUGUACAUGAUGGAUGCAUCAUCAUCAUCAUCGACAUUGUCAUACAUGAUAGAUGCAUUGCCUCAUAAUAAUCAAGGGGUGCCCAACAUGUUUGGUAAUUAUUCAAGUGGGAAUUGGAGUAAUCGUCAGCAGGAGAUUUAUGUGCCUCAGUCGAUGGAGGGUAUAAGCAGCAUGGAGGGAAAUGUUAAUGCGAAGAUUGAGAAUAAUCAUAACAAUUUACAUGAUGAUAAUAAUGGUUUAAUUAUGAACAUGAAUAAUAAUAAUAAUAAUAAUAAUAGCGAAGAAGAAAUUUUAGGUGGGAUUGGAAGCUUUUGGCAAGGAUCAGAAGAGAUGAAAUUUGGAGAAUGGGAUUUGGAGGAGUUGAUGAAAGAUGUUUCAUCUUUUCCUAAUAAUUUCAUGGAUAUAUAUUCUCGUUGAUAUAUCAAUAUAGUAAGUCAUUAUUUUCAUUCCCUCAAAUUUCUAUUUUAUUUUAAAUCCUUUUUAUAAAUUUGAUCUUUCCCCUUUUCUUCUUCUUCUUCUUUUCCUAAAAUAAAAAAUACCCUUCAUACUUAUACCCUUCAAAUUACCCCUUUGUUAAUAGAUUAGAAGUGGAAAUUAAGAGUCAUGCAUGGAAUAAGGUUGAAGUAUAGUGGAUUAUUGACCAUUAUGAAAUUUAUGUAAUGUAUUUUUAUAAUGUAAUUAAGUAGAUAUCA